CAGAACCUAUGGUGGGAGGAGAGGACCUGAACGGAGAGCUUGGACAGCAAGCUGAUUUCCUUUGCUAAGUGGAGGGUGCUGUGCUUUCUGUCUUCUCAAACCUUUCAUUGACCCGUCCCUUGGGACUGAGGGACAGUGCCUGGAGGAUAAGGACUAAUGGAGUUAGAAGCCAUAGAACUGUGUCCUUAUGACCCAAACCACAGGAUACCAGCCAGCAGGUUACAAUACCAUCUGGCAUCAUGCAAAAAGAAAAAUCCAAAGAUAGCUAAAAAGAUGGCUAACUGCAAAUAUAAUGCUUGUCAUGUGGUCCCAAUCAAAAGGCUUAAGGAACAUGAGGCCAACUGUGUCAACAGAACUGCAGUUGAUGAUGAGCCACUUGAUCUUCAAAAGAUUACUCACCCAAGUUCUGAAGGAGAUGAAAGCUUCUCCAAUGCUGGCAAUCAGAUUAAUGACCCUGAUGUCUGGAAUGUGGAUUACACGAGUCAUUCUCCUUCAUUUGUUCUUGAGACUUUUGCUCCAAAAAUGCUGGUUUGUGAAAGUGACUCAAGAGACCUAAAAGAGGCUGUGGCUGAAAAACAUCCUAAUAGCUACAAGUCUUGGGGAAGAGGUCAGAAAAACUGAUGGAGACUUUGCAAAUUAAAACGCCAGAAAACAGAUGUUUUUAACCUUAGGAAAAUCUCCGCUUUUAAACAACUGUCAUCUUAACAUGUUUUUAUUUAAAUAAAGAAUAUUUUCCUUUGA